UUUAUCUCCAUUUCUUCCUUCUACUUGUCUUCACAGUUUUUGUGGAAUCAACAAUCUUCCGCAAUGCCUUCACUUCCAACAGCCGCUCUCUCUUCUUCAUCUUCUCCAUCUCUCUUCCCAAUAUCUUCUUACACUUCUCCCACGAAAACCCAAUUCCGCUUCUGCCUUUCCUUUGCCCUCCCCAGGUUUACCAAUCGCAGACCCAUGAAGUGUUCCGCCACUUCCAUCGGGAAAGAAACUGUCAUCUCCGAGCGCCCCCACUCUUUCCUCCGUGAGACAGAUGGCCUAGAUGAUGACUCCGUCAGGUCGCGCUUCCAGCGCAUGAUUAUGGAGGUGCAGGACAGCGUGUGCGGCGCCCUCGAGGCUCUCGACGGAGCUGGAAACUUCAAGGAGGACGCCUGGACGAGGCCCGGAGGCGGUGGAGGGAUUAGUCGAGUGUUGCAAGAUGGUCACGUUUUCGAAAAGGCUGGUGUUAAUGUCUCAGUUGUUUAUGGAGUUAUGCCCCCUGAAGCUUAUCGAGCUGCCAAGGCUGCUGUCACUGAUCAGAAGCGCGGUCCCGUUCCCUUUUUCGCCGCCGGAAUCAGCUCGGUUUUGCAUCCGAAGAAUCCGUUUGCUCCUACGUUGCAUUUUAACUAUAGAUAUUUUGAAACUGAUGCACCCAACGAUGCUCCUGGAGCACCAAGGCAAUGGUGGUUUGGUGGUGGAACUGAUUUGACUCCAUCUUACAUCUUUGAGGAGGAUGUCAAGCACUUCCAUUCAAUACAAAAACAGGCCUGCGACAAAUUUGAUCCGUCCUUUUAUCCUCAAUUCAAGAAAUGGUGUGAUGACUACUUUUACAUUAAGCAUCGAGAUGAGAGGCGAGGGCUCGGGGGAAUAUUUUUUGAUGAUCUAAAUGACUAUGAUCAAGAGAUGCUUCUUUCAUUUGCCACAGAAUGUGCGAAUUCCGUGGUUGCUGCGUAUGUACCCAUUGUAGAGAAAAGGAAGGAUACAGCAUUCAAUGAAAGGCACAAGGCAUGGCAACAAUUGCGAAGGGGGCGCUAUGUAGAAUUCAACUUGGUGUAUGAUCGAGGUACAACAUUUGGACUGAAGACUGGAGGUCGAAUUGAGAGUAUUCUCGUUUCUCUCCCUUUAACGGCACGAUGGGAAUAUGAUCAUAAACCAGAAGAGGGAAGUGAAGAGUGGAAAUUAUUAGAUGCCUGCAUGAACCCCAAGGAAUGGGUUUGAUGCUAAUAGGUUGAGUUUGUUUUCCACUUUGAAAUUUCCCCCCUUUUUCUGUUGCUAUAGCCUAUUGCGUGUGUGUGUGUUCUUCCGAGGGAAGUGCAGGUGUUGUGAGUUGUAAUACACAAUUUGCUUCGAGGCCAAGUGAUGCUUAAUAAUAUUGUUAAUCCUGUUAUUGUUCCA